UGCACCGUUUCCGCCUGUGUUUGCCGGGGAGCGGAUCCUGCUCUGACUCGGUCUCGGUCUCCUCGCUGCUCUGCUUCAUGUCGGCCCGGAGGCCUGGGCGCCGUGCUCGGGGUGGGAGCCGGGGCCGUGUUCGCCUCGUUUACCGCUCCUUACAGAGCGCCCAGGAUUACCUGGAGCGGGAAGAUUUCGGCACCGCCUUCGCCCAUUACCUGCUGCUGCUCAACUUGGCGCCGGAGCUGAAGGACAUCAUCAGGGAAUCGUUCCAACACACACUUUUUAAAUGGGCAGAAGAACUUGAUUCUUUAAGUCGGAUUCAGGAUAUAUUUGACUGUUAUGAACAGGCCUUGGAACUCUACCCCAAUAAUGAAGUAAUAUGGAACAGUAUGGGAGAACAUUUAUUUAGUAUGGGGUUCCGAGAUGAAGCGGCUGGCUACUUCCAUAAAGCUGUUAAGCUCAAUCCUGACUGUGCAGACGCAAGAGAGAAUUUUUAUCGUGUUGCCAACUGGUUAGUGGAACGCUGGCACUUUUUAAUGCUGAAUGAUAAGAAGAGGAACGUUGCCUAUCAGAGAGCAAUCCGGAAAGCAGUGCAGUCUGGUUGCACAUCUGUUCUGGAUAUUGGAACAGGAACUGGCAUUCUCAGCAUGUUUGCAAGAGAGGCUGGAGCUUCUCAUGUGUAUGCUUGUGAGCUGUCCAAGACCAUGUAUGAACUUGCCUGUGAAGUAGUAGCUUCCAAUCAAAUGGCAGGAGAGAUCAAGAUUCUGCACAUGAAAUCAUUAGACAUGGAAGUACCUAAAGAUCUCUCCAGCAGGGUGUCGCUUGUUGUCACAGAGACUGUGGAUGCAGGGCUAUUUGGUGAAGGAAUUGUGGAGAGUUUAAUACAUGCGUGGCAACACCUUCUUCUACCGCCGAGGCCAGCAGGACAGGAAGGUCCCACUGAAGGAUUUGGCCGUGUCAUCCCAUUGCAUGCUGUUGUGUUUGGCAUGGUAGUGGAGUGUCAAGAGAUCCGCAGACAUCACAGAGUUUGCUUCAACGAGGUUGGUGGAUUGCGUUUGAAUGAAGCAGUAAUGUGGUACAGCCCUGUUAGCAAUGAAUCCUGUAUUGACGAUGCUGCUGAACCUUACACCACUGAGAGGAUGAGACAAGUUCCUGGCGGAUACACAACGUUGACUGACCACUUCCAGGCCAUGACCAUUGAUUUCAACAAUCCACGGGAAUUGGAGGAAUUGACCACCAGGAAUCCUUGUCGACUUUGUCUCCCAGUAGUUAAGGAAGGUGUGCUGGAUGCUAUUGUAGCCUGGUUUGUUCUGCAGCUAGAUGAAGAUACAAGUCUUUCCACUGGUCCUGAUGAAGAGACCUGUUGGGAACAGGCUGUGUAUCCUAUACAGGGCGUGCUUGGCCAGACAGUAAAGCCUGGUAAUACUGUAGUAGUUGACGUUUCCUGCAAGAACUCAUACCUGGUUUUUCACAGCAUUGCUGUAUUGAGCCACGAACACAAAAUGGAAAUUGAAGUGAAUACCAUGAGCAAUCAUCUUGCAAGUGAAGCUGAACUUUGUGAUGCUUUGGCCAACCUUCAGACUACAAGUGAACCCAGAACGACCCUUCUACACUGUAUGCUUGAAUCUUCAGAAAUAGCUCGUCUCAAUAACACACAAUAUAAUGACCAUUUCAAAUCUGCCUUAAGUAGUAUAUUGUUUUCAUUAACGUCAGUGGAUGGUGAAAUCUAUUUCUCACAGACCAUAAAUGACAGGAGUUCAAAUAUGAAUUGUGAAAAUACUAACAGCCAAAGUUCUUCAGAUCUAACCUCUGACAUGUUGUGCGUGUUGGAUGUAUCGGAGGGUUUUUCCAUUUUGCCCUUGAUCACUGCCAAGUUGGGAUCUGUUAAAGUUUUUAGUUCCUUGGAAAAAGUACAGCAGCAAGUUGCGUUAAAUGCUUUAGCAGAAUCUAAUGAAAUUUCAAAAGAUGUGUUGGAAUUUUGGCAUAAUUAUCUGGAGGAUGACUCUACACUAUUACAAAGGCCUCAGGCAGGCAAACUAUGGAGCGUGAUUAUUCUUGAUGCUAUAGAGAUGUGUGGACUCAUACGACAAGGUUUGGUGGAGAAAGCAGCUCUAGCCAGAUGCUUGCUUCGACCUGAGGGAAGGUUGAUGCCUCAGUGCAUAAAAAUAUAUGGGAUGCUCAUCGAAUCUGAAACAUUACAGCAAGAAAGUGCUGUCCAAGGAAAAGAAGCCACGCUGGGGUUCAAUAUUGCACCUUUCAUCAAUCAAUUCAAGGUACCUGUCCACGUAUUCUUGCAUUUAUCAACAUUGCCUCAUGUCCGAUUAAGUGAGCCAGUGGAACUAUUAAAGCUGGAUCUGAUGAGUGUGGUCACUGAUGAUUUGUGCAAUGAAAUCAGGGUUCAAGUAUAUUCCUCUGGAAGAAUAACUGCAGUCCCGUUUUGGUAUGAAAUUUAUCUGGACACAGAAAUCAGUCUGAAUACUUGGAGUGAUACUUCUCAUUGGAAGCAGGCUGCCUUUGUUUUGGAUAAUCCAGUCCAAGUUAAUGCAGGAGAUGAACUUAUACUGAAAAUUCACUAUCACAAAAGUAAUAUCUCAAUGAUUGUAAACCAUGGAUAGUUAAUUUUAAAGUCAGGUUCAGGAAAAAUAGUAAAUUUAGUACAGCUAAUCUAUUUUAUAGCACCAAUGAUAGGAGUACCCAAGAAUCAGCAAUGUUAAAUGGGGAGAAAGAACAAUACAAAAGCAAAAUUCUACCAAUAUGUUGGAAAUUUGAAAUUAAAACAGAAUAUGCUGAGAAGAUACUCAGCAGGUCAGGUAGCAUCUGUGGAGAGAGAAACAGAGUUAACAUUUCAGGUCGAUGACCUUUCAUCAGAGUUCAUGAAAGGCAAUCAAUCUGAAACAUUAAGCAGAAGAGAACUCAAAUGAGAAACUUGCGAUCUACCAUCUGCAAACACAAACCAAGAGGAAUAAAGUAAUUUGCCUCCAUUUAGUCACAUCAUAUCCUCAGGCAUCCCAUUGUACUUAGUCCUUCUUGCAUGUGCACGGGAGUCACUUAUUUAUGUAGGCAAAAGUGGCAGAUAAUUUAAUAACCAACAAACAGCAAUGAGUUUAAGUUCCAAUUUAGUCUUUUUGGUGAGGGAGAAAUGAUGACCAGACAUCAAAAGAAUCCCCUGCCUUUCUUCAAAUAGUGCCAUAAAAUCUUCAAAGUCCACUCAUUUCACCAAAACUGGCAGAUGGGACUUUUAUUUAACAUCUCAUUUGAAAAUUUGCACUUUCAACAAUGCAACAACCACUGUAUUUAAGUGACCACAUGUUUGAAUAUCUUAAAUACACUUUUGGAUAGUUACAUGUAUAUUUGUACAAGCAUGCAUCUGUGCCUCUUUACUGUAAUCAAGGCUUUCCUAUCUAUAUUACCAAUUUGUCAAAUUAUUAAUGUUACUUAUAAAGCCAACUUAUUUGGAAGAAAA